GACGUCACUAGAUAUACUAAUACAAGACCCAAACAUCAUUUUCCGACUUAUCAUACUGAAUUUUAAUUUCCGCUCUAGAAUAAAGAUGGAUUUUGUAAAGCUGGGUGUUUUAGUUACUGUUGUAUUAGUUGGAAGUUCGAACUCUCAAAAUGUGCCACAAACGUCAGGAUACCAAAGCCAACUGCUUGCCGACAUGAUGAACGAUCUGAGGAAAGCCUAUGACGCAAAACUGAAUAACAUGCAGACGAACUUCAACAAGAGGCUAGCACAGCAGGAGGAACGAUACACAGAGCUGCUUGGGAUUCUAAAAGGGUCACAUCGAAAAAGGCGUCUGUUAGAUGGGUUGCAGCAGACGACACCUACUCCUCCGACGCAUCCGAAGGCCGCGUUCUACGUCCAACUUACGCAUGAUUUAACAGGACUCGGAAACUACCAGGCGGUCGUUUUUGACCUUGUUACUACAAACGUAGGCAACGGCUACAACAAAGCAAAUGGAAUGUUCACCGCGUCGGCGUCGGGAACUUACGUUUUCUCAUGGACAUCUGCAAGUGCCGACAAUCAUCAUAUGCAGACCGAACUUGUUGUCAACAAUAAAAAAGUAGGCCUUACUUGGUCUGAUUCAGGGAACCAUGCUGAUUUUGCCGUGGCUUCAGAUACCGCAGUUGUUGUUCUUAAGGCGGGAGAUGUUGUUUGGGUUCGGUCUAAUAAUAUUCACUCACACACCAUCCAUGGUCAGCAGAUGACGACAUUUUCCGGUUGGCUUAUUUAUUCACAAUAAAAAUGUUUCAGUUAUACAGUAUUAAAGUAGGAGUAUGUUACUUGUA